AUGUCCACGUUCCCCGACUACUACAAGCUCCUCAACAUCUCCCAGAAUGCAUCUGUGGACGACAUCAAGACUGCGUACAAGAAAGAGUCCCUGAAGACUCACCCAGACAGGCUCGCUAAUGCAACGCCGGAGCAAAGACAAGCUGCUACAGAGAAAUUCCAGGCAGUAGCGGACGCUUACUACGUGCUGUCGGACCCUACUCGCCGGAGGGAGUAUGACAGCCUUUACUCAACACGCCGUCCGCAAGAAAGAACAGCCCAGCCCGACGCUUCAGCCAGCUUCUUUGCCACGUUUGCCAACAUGUUCGGAAAGGCUGCCGGUUCGGGCACAGGAGCCGGUGCAACAGGUGCCGCUCCUGGAGACCGGCCAGACGCGGAUCAUGUCUUCGCGGACGUAUUCGACGACUUGCUACGUCCAGAAGUGGAACGACAUGCGCCGUGGUGGGCAUGGCUUGGUGCUGUCUGCGGGGCGGGCAUUGGCUUCAUCAUCGCGAACAUACCCGGACUCCUCUUUGGGGCGUAUGCCGGGAACAAGCUAGGUGCCAUCCGAGAUGCGAAGGGGAAGAGCAUAGCAGCUGUCUUCACGCAGCUAGGAGGUGACCAGAAGGCUCAGAUUCUUCGGGCAUUGGCUGCUAAGGUUCUC